UCAGCGGCAGGUGGAGCUCCGGCCCGGCUGCAGCUGCUGCUCGCGCGAUCUUCCUCUUCCGGGUUUGCGGCCCGUCCUCCCCCUCCUUCCAACCUCCUCGAGCCCUGACCCCGCAACGCCCCGCACACCCCCGAGGCACUGUGCAAGGCGGGAAGGACCGGUGACCAGAGAGCGGGGUUUGUUGGGGCCUUGUAAGCUCAAGGUGGAGGGGGGAAGCGGUGGAGGAAAGCCCCUUGCCUGCCACGUGCCCAACAGGACUGCAGCUUGAGUCUAGUGACUUGGAAGCAUCCCCAAACCAAAAGCCUUAUGAAGCAGCUGCGUGGGAAUAAAGGUGGGGGCAAUGCCAGAAAGAAGAGUCCCCCCUCUGGUAAGGACAGCAGGAAUCCAGCAUUACAGACGUCCGAGGACAGCAGGCAGCUCAACAUCCUAAAUGCAACGCUGUUGGCUCAGAAGCGACCUCUGCAAGGUUUGAGCAGUACGGGAGGCAGCACCGCGGGGAGUCCCGAAGAUGCCAAGAGACCAAAGCUCUUGCCUGAAGCGAAUUCUCCUGGCCAGGAAUCUGAAGACGAGGAGUCGGAUGACAGUGAAAAUGAGGGAGCAGAGAGUGAGAGUGAUGACAGCGAUUAUACAUGCAGUGAAGACGACGAUGGCGACGAAACUGGCAGCGAUGCCUCAGAAAGCAGUAGCAAAGGCCCUGAAGAAACAGCAAGCCAGCCUUCUUCAAAGACUGAUUUAACAAAAGAAUGGUCUUCGUUGUCUUUCGAGGAGCUGCUGCAGUUGAGAAAUCGAGUUGGGACCAAGGCUUAUCAGCAGAUGACUACUGGGAAAAGGACAGUAAAUGUCACAAAACCAGAGAAGAGGCAGCGUCCAAACAAGCACGGACCUCUGGAAAUUUCAGCCAAGAAGCCAGUCCCCUAUCUAAGACGAGUUGUGCCUGUUAAAAAGAAGGUACCUCGAGAUCCUCGCUUUGAUGACCUCUCUGGGGAGUAUAAGCCAGAAAUCUUUGAAAAGACGUAUGGUUUCUUGAACGACCUCAGGAAGAAGGAGAAAGAGGUAGUUCAGAAGCACCUGAAGAAAAGCCGGAAUGUGGAGCAGCAAACCAAGUUGCAGCAGCUCCUCAAGCAAAUGACUCAGCAGGAGGCGAUACAGAGGAAGCAACAGAAGGAGAGAGAAAAGGAGCAGGCCUUGAAGAGGCAGCAGAGGGAGCUGGCUCAGCAAGGAAAGAAGCCCUUCUAUCUAAAGAAAUCUGAUAAGCGGAAAUUGGAAUUGGCUGAGAAGUACAAAGAGCUGAAGAGGAGUGGGAAGCUGGAGGGCUUCCUGAGCAAGAAGAGGAAAAGGAAUGCCGCCAAGGACAAAAGGAGGCUGCCUUUUAGGAAGGAUGUGUAAAUAUCUGGCUAUAUUUGCGACACGCCAUUUUACAGGUGCAAAUCGCCUGCUGUGCAAAUCAACUAUCGACUCCGGCCAGCAAGGUCAACAAUCCUAAGUUUUCUCUGCCCCAAAUGCCAGGGGCAUUCCGGUUCUCUGAACAAGCAAGAGUUUGAGCAAAAUUAAUUGGUGACAUUCCCAGCCUGAGAAGCGUUCGCCUUCUUCAAUGGGAAAUGGAUUGCAUAAUUUGCCAAAAUUUCUCUUCCUCCUUCCAGGAGAAAGCCUCAAGCUUGGCACAGAGUCAAGGAGCACCCACACACACACACACACACACAUUUCCCAGGAAACAACUCCCUUGGAUUCCCCACUCCUUGUUUCUUCCACUACGCAGCCUGUGUAGACUUGGAGGCUCCCCAGUUUCCAUCCACCUGCUUCUCUUGCUACUUAUUAGUGCUGCUUGGUUGUAUUCCCAGCUGUUUUCUUUGCAGAUUGCUGUGGAAGCUUAAGAGAGUUUCCCAGAAAGCCGGUCGCCUUAGCUUCACGCGCUGGUAUUUCGCAGGCCAGAAUCUUCCAUAAGAUUUUUCAUAUCAGGAAAAUUAAAACCACCUUCAAAUAUUGGCAGUUGAAGUCUCUUUAAGUAAAAAAAGUGUGGUGGAGAAUUGUCCCAAAUAAAGUUCCCAGUUAGCCCAAUAAAUUUUCAAAGAUAUUCUUGGGGAAUAUAUAUUGAAAUACCACAACAUACAUAUAUUACCGGUGGCAAUAUAUUCAUUUUUAUUUGUUAACCUUAUCCCAAAUGCUGAAUUGUAAGUAAUGGCCAUCUCUCCAUAUUAUUAGAAACCUCUUUCAUCAACUUACUCAGAUAAAAUUUAAAUCAUUGGAAUCAGAAUACCAAGUGUGUUAAGAUGUCUGGGCACCAACAAAAUCAGCAGUUUGUGUACGAUCUGCGUUUAAGUCAUUUAACUGUAUACUCUCAAAUUCUACCAAAACAACCAGAAUUGGGUUUUUGUUGGUUUUUUUUGCUGUGAAUGUAUAUACUUCUAACAUUGAACUGAACUUUUGGGCAGUUUCUAAAGAUUCUGUACAAAGAAAUUAAUAUCCGUCUCAUUACUGGUGGCUGAGUGUGUAUGUCAUUUUGACAGACCUGCUUGGAUUACUAACUGGUAAUGUGUUUUAUAGCAACAUUUCACUGGACAAAUUUUUGAAGUAAAGUUACUAAUUUUAUCAAAUCAAACUUCUUCCUCUUUGAGCAUCAAGUGAGAUUUUAUUUGCAGGACUUCUUAUUUUGCUAGGGCAAAGACAUUUUCUCACCAUUUCCGCCUAAUUUGCUCUUGCCCCCACACCCGCCUCUUUUCUCUGUUUCUCUCAGUAUGGCCUGAUACUUUCAGCUAGUAAUAAUUGCCAUCGUGGCUUCGUUCCAGAUAAGCAGAUCACUUUCCGGUUUUUAUCUUGCGUUCCAAAUCUUGUCAGACCUUUAGUUCUUGCCCUUCUCUCUCUCUCUCUCUCUCUCUCUCUCUCUCUCUCUCUCUCUCUCUCUCUCUCUCUGCUUCUGAGCCAACUACAACUGCUCUGUAUCCUUGUAAGUGCAGCAAAAAAGUCACUUUUUAUGGAUGGACAGGAGAAUUUUGCAGGGGCUGUGCUAUGACAUAAGGAGCACGCUUCUCAAAUUUAGCACUUUGCAUCUGUGACUCUGUGCAUUUUGCAGUUGCUGUCUGAUGCUGCCUUUAUUUGAAAUUGGACUACUUAAAAAAAACAAAAAACUUAUUUUAAUCUCAUCCAGAGGUGCAAGGAGCAAAGAGGUAUGCUAGCAUCUCAAAACCUUCCUACUAGAAAUCCAUCUUACAGCCAUCUGGAUUAGCACCCGACAGCAGCAACCCUGCUGGCAUGAGAUGAGAAGGUCUCAUCCUGCUCUUGCUCUCCAGCAAUUGUUGUCCAGUGGCAUAUUGUCUCUGAACGUGUCUUCUGUGAAUUUAUCAGUCUUUGCACCAAUACUCAUCGCUCCAUCCUUUAUGACUUGGAAAUUGGGGAGUUGUGGUUUUUUUUAAAGGAAAGCUGGGAUUUAUUGAUUUUCCAGCAGGAAGUUGAAUUCCAUAGCUGGUAUCCAAUGGUAAACUUUCCCAGUGCGGUCACAGAAUCCAAAGAGACCUGUAAAAUCUCUUGCCCUGGAGGAGCUGAAGGCGAAGACACUGGCCUCUGCCACCAACCCGGGAACCAAGAAAUUGAGAGGCUUCAAGGAAGAACAACAUGGGAAGGAGAAAACAAGCCUGGCUCUAUCCAUUGGUCCGAGAAGGAGCAGCUUCAGUGAAUUUGAUUCUCCUGUUCCCCUGCUGGAAAGAAAACUGUGUUCCGGUUGCCAGUUUCCCUGGCACUGCAGAGCAGAAAGGAAUUAAUCUCUGGCCUCGUCAAUCAGCCAAGGGACUCACUGAAGCUUAGAUUACUGCAAUGUGUUAUGCAUGGGGCUGCCUCUGAAGAUGGUUCCAGAACUUCAGCUGGUCCAGAAUUCAGCAGCCAGGUUGCUCACUGGGGCAAGACGGUUUGAUCGUUUAUGUAACACCAGUCCUGGCCUAACUGCCUCUCCCCAUAUGAACCGACCCAGACCCUGCGAAUAUCAUCUGAGGCCCUUUUUUGUGUGCCUCCUCCAUGAGAGGUCCAGAAGGCGGCAACACAAGAAUUGGUCUUUUCUGCAGUGGCUGCCCAUUUGUGGAAUGCUUUCCCCAGGGAGGCUUACCUGGUGCCGGGCAGGCCUUUGGCUAAUUAAACAAUCCACGACCUUUUAAACUCACUCUCUCUCUGUGUGUGUGUGUGUUUGUCUUAUUACUAUGUUAUGCAUUUUUGUGUUUGUAAUUGUAAACCACCCUGUGAUCCUCGGAUGAAAAGUGGUGCAGAAAUUUAACAAAUAAUAAUAAUAAGGCUUUUUAAAAUAAAAUUUUAUUGUACAAUACAGUCACAGCAAAGAAAAGAACUUAGCAUUAAGUUUAUGCCAUCAUUCUACAUGCUCGUAAAACCACGUGCGUUGCACCAACUCUGCUGCUUUUUAGCUAGGUUUUUAGGGCAAUGGACAAGUUGCCGAGAAGCACAGUUGCGUUUGUGAAGCUUGUUUAUGGAAUCAAUUAGCAAUGCAAUACCAAUUACCGCCGAGUCUUUUAAUAGGCAAAUACACUGGCAAAGUGCAGCAACUCCUCUUCAUGGCGUUAUUGAUUCUGAUAGCUUGCAGUGGUGAUGGGAAGAGGAAAAAAUGCGGUGCAGUUUAUCUUAAGGUUUAUAUUCCUCGCUUUAUGUGCACGGAUGGAUUGACGUAAACAGUGUUGUGUUGGCUGAAGGUGCUGUCAACCUGCGCCGUCCACACUGUAAACCAGGCACCCCCAAACUGCGGCCCUCCAGAUGUUUUGGCCUACAACUCCCAUGAUCCCUAGCUAAGAGGACCAGUGGUCAGGGAUGAUGGGAACUGUAGUCCAAAACAUCUGCAGGGCUGAAGUUUGGGGAUGCCUGCUGUAAGCGAACAGAGCAGGGCUGCAGCUUGAAGAGGGAAGGGGUCCUAGAUUCCCAGAAAACAUGAAAACAACCCAGAGGAUGCACACACAGAGAGAGAAAUGGGCUCAUGGCUCAAAGCCCUGGAAAGAAGUGCCAGGGAAAAGAGACUACAUGGUCUCUUGCGCUUGGGAAGCAAAUGGGCAUUUGGGAUUCUGGAGGAAGCUGAGAGGAUGGUUCAUCUUCUGUCUCGCCUGUGGGGAGCAGGACCACGUGGGUCUCAGGUGGAACCCAGUUGAGACGGGAUUGGAAUGCCCUUCCGAAGGGUGAGGCAAGACAUCUGCUCUCGUAAGAGAUUGAUUAAUCCUCUCCAGCAAAAUAAAAGCUUCGCUAUAUUGCAGGAGUGUUUUGGUGCCUUGAUCAAGCGCCUGACCUUUUCCUCGCAUUAGCUUCCCUCUUCCCGGUGUGAAUUACAUUCCUUGAGCUGCAACACCUGAGGCAUGUUAAGCGUGGAUCUCGCUUGCUUCGCCUGGUUCUCUUGCAGUAGUAAAGUUUACAGUGCGCUAGGCUAGCAUCCUGCUGACUUGGUUCCCUGCAAAUUAGCACAGGUCGAAGAGACCUCAUUCCUAUAGACUGAAAAAAUCUAAGGGGAGCCUGCUAAACCGUCUAGUUCAGGCAUUCCCAACCUGCGGCCCACCAGAUGUUUUGGCCUACAACUCCCAUGACCCCAAGCUAACAGGACCAAUGGUCAGGAAUGAUGGGAAUUGUAGUCCAAAACCUCUGGAGGGCCGAAGAUUGGGGAUGCCCUGGUUUAGUUCUUUCAGAGGUCUGCAUGAGCACAGCAGCAUUCUGUCCAUCUUUACUUCCCAGUAAUUGGCAGUGGAGAUUUCUAUAUUUUAUUGUGGCUAGUCACCCUCAACAGCCUUGUCUUCCAUGAAUUUGUCUAAUCCUUUUUUAAAGUCACCCAACUUUGGUGGCCGUUACUGCCUCCUGCAGGAGUGAGUUCCAUAGUUGUUUAUUAUAAUAAUAAUAAUUAUUAUUAUUUAGUUAU